AUGGAGAAGAGCGGGGGGGAGGAAAAGGAGGAGAUCUUUAAGAGAAGUAAUAUGACGGCAAGAUCUCCUAAAAAAGACUCGGAGAUAAGUGUGAAGGAGUUGGGAGAAAGAAUGGGAGAAAUGAUGGAGGAAUUUAGGGCAGUGAGAGAAGAGCUAAGGGAGGGUUUCAAGGAGCAGGGUAGGAAGAUGAGAGAAGAGAUAGAGGACCUGAGAAGGGAGUUUAGGGAGCGUGAGAAGAGAUGGAAAGAGGAGAGGGAAGAGACAAAUAAGCAGAAGGAGAAAAUGGAAGAAAGAAUAAGGAGAUUGGAGGAAAAAAUAGAAGAGAGGAAGGAGGAGAAGAAGGAGGAGGAAAGAAACGGUAGAGGGGAGGUGGGGGAGAAAAUGAGAGAGCUGGAGAGAAGGCUGGAAAGGAAAGAAAAGGAGGAGAGAAGAAGAAACAUUGUAAUAAGAGGGCUGGAAGUAAAAGAAGGAGGGAGGAGAGAAAAUGCAGAAAAGUUGCUUGAAGGAAUAGGAGCGAAAGUAAAGGUUACAGAGGUGAAGAGAAUAGGAGGUGAUGCAGAAAAAGGAAGGGAAAUGGUGCUGUUAAAAUUGGAAAACGAAGAACAGAAAUGGGAGGUUAUGGAAAAAAAGAGGAGCCUAGUGGGGAGAAAGGAAAGAAUUACGGAGGACCUAUCGUGGGAGGAAAGAAGAACGAAUUGGCGGUUGAGAGAGAUAGCGAGAGGGGAGGAAAGAGAGGGUAGGAGGGCAUGGAUUAAGGCAGGCAGAAUAAGGUUGGAAAAUACUUGGUGGAGAUGGGAUAUAGAAGAGGAGGUGUUAAAGGACGAAAGGGGAAGGAGAAGAAAGGAGAGCAGAGGGAAGGAAGGGAAAGAAGGUAAAGGAGGAGAGGGAGAGGUAGGAAUGGAGACGGGGGAAUGA